AUAAACCAAAAAAAAAUGUCUUCAAGGCGAUCACCAACAAGGAUCCCACAACUUAAAAAAAAGGGGAAGGAUAAACCUUGCCCAGCAUACAGCAUCCUCCCAAAAACCUCUUUAACAAACUCAUACCAUAAGAAAACAACUCAAGACAAAGUUAAAGUUAUAGCAAAGAGCUCAUUGCGCGAAUUCUUGAAAUACAGACAGAAUAAAUACAAGAAAGUCUUUGAGCAUGAAAUAAGUAAUGGUGCAGUAAUCAGUAUCAGUCUUCAGGACUCCUCAUCUGGUAGCAGUGAUGGGCCUAAUUUAAAAGAGAAUUAUGAUGGUGGUAAGACUCCCUUGCCAGAAAAGAAUGAUGGUACCUCUCGGUCUUCCCUGACGUCUUCUAUAACCAAAUUUCGCAACGACUUCAACGAGUUUAAAUGUAAGAUGCGUAUAUUUGGUGAGUCGCUGAAACUGUGCACUUGCAUCGCCGACGAUGUCAGGAGACGACUGGACACGAUGGAGACAAGAUUGGAUGCUUUAGAGAAGAGACAGGAGGAGUUCAAAACACCAAGUAACUACCCGGCUAUCAUAGAAAAAAACAAGAGACUGUCUUCUAUAACUAUGAAAGAUGCCAAGAAACUUCAAAUGUGCGGUACUGAGGAGGAGAUGAGGGAAGUGGCUGGUAGGAUCUGCAGGAACUACCUCCAUGGAGCCUGGAAGACGGUGGACCCUAAGGACCUCAGUUUUAGAAGGAUCAGUGGUGGUCUAUCAAACUUCCUAUACUACAUAGCGUUACCUGAUGACGUAUCAAAAUGGGGGGGGUACCAGAAACGGGAGAGCUCCCCGGAGACUGACCCUGAAACCUGUGACAAUAGGAACAUGAGGAGGGCCCUGGUUAAAAGCACCUCCUUCUCCAUUGAGGAACCUAGAAAGGUAUUACUCCGAAUCUACGGCCAAGUUCACGGAGAGCGGGCAAUGGAUGCCAUUGUCACUGAGUCUGUGAUCUUCACGCUGCUAUCUGAGAGGAGACUGGGACCAAAGCUACACGGUGUUUUCUCCGGCGGCAGAAUCGAGCAGUACAUACCUGCAAGGUCUCUACUGACAAAAGAACUAGCAGACCCGGCGUUGUCAAUGAAAAUUGCUGAAAAGAUGGCGGCCAUACAUUCAAUGGAGGUGCCGCUGAACAAGGAACCUAACUGGAUCUGGAAGACCAUGUACAAAUGGUUGAAGACUGUCAAGGAGGAGAGGCUGAACAAUACUGCUCAGGGAAAGAACGAACAAGAACAGCGUAUAAUCCAGCAGCUGAAGAAUACAGACCUGGAAAAAGAAAUAGAAUGGCUGAAGAAGUUCCUCGCUACUGUCGACUCUCCUGUCGUCUUCUGUCAUAAUGAUAUGCAAGAAGGCAACAUCUUACUAGUUGAAGACGCCCAAGCGGCGGCAGACGACGACGUCUCACCAAUUUACGUGCAAACCUUUGACACGGACGAACCACGCUCAGCCAAGAACGGCUUAGACAAAGACAAUUUCUUCGAAGAUGCCAAUACAUCGGAUACCGUCAUAAGCCAUAUGUCAGAUUUGGGCGAGCCGAAAUUGGUGCUAAUCGAUUUUGAGUACUGUGCCUAUAAUCACAGAGGGUUCGAUAUCGCAAAUCAUUUUCAAGAGUGGGCUUUUGAUUAUACAAACCCGGAGCAUCCGUUUUAUUAUGAACAUCAAGAUUCUACUCCUAGUUUGGAACAAAAGGAAAUCUUCAUCCGCGAAUACUUAAAGCACUAUCAGGCGAAUGUGUCAGACAGAACAGAAGUCAGCCUGGACGAUGUGAACAAACUGCUGGAUGAGGUGGAGGCGUUCGCGCUCGCCAGUCAUCUGUUCUGGGCACUCUGGUCUAUUGUCAACGCUUCCAAGAGCCAGAUACCUUUUGGUUACUGGGAAUACGCAGUAUCAAGACUAGAAACGUACCUAAGACUAAAACUGGAAGUAAUCAAAAAAGACAAAUACGGUCUCCCUCAAAAGAGGAAAAUCUGCGAGGUCGACAUAUGAGAGGGGUUGGGAGGACUCGCGCUGUAGACCCCACAAAGUCACUCCGGCGCAGAGCUACUUGGACCCCACACGGUCCAGACCCCGGUCAAGUAAGACCCCGAUGAGUUUGACCCCAAUCCUUGAGUUCUUGAGAUGGACAAUUUGGUUCAUUGUGGAUAUUUUGGUCCAUAAUGGACAUUUGGACUGUCAAAAGUCUGUGUAUAUUAUUUUGGAAUGUGAUCAUGGUCAAGUGUGGAUUGGGUAGAAAUCCAGUCCGGAAUUGGGUAGAUUGAGGUCCGGUGUAAAUAUUAAAACUGAUUUAUUGAUUCCUUGCAUACAGUAUUCUUUAGGGAAAUAGGUUUUCGUAUCCAGUUGUUUUGGGCCCCCAAAUGGUCUGAAAUUGUAAGGGUAAAAAAAGUCCUUUGUUAAAAAUGAUAGUUUUUCGAGUAUAGUUAGCAACACAAGUCUUUUUAAAAUAUUUUGAUAUUUGUAUGUUUAAUAGGGGCCAUCCAUAAAUUACGUCUCACGAAUUUCAUGAUUACUGACCCCCUUGCCCGUCCUUGUCACAAUUGGUCACAUUUGUGAGACCUCCCCCUCCCUAGUGUGACGUCACAUUUUAUAAUUUUACAUCUAGAAAUAAUUAUUUAAUUAAAACAGCAGUUUGAAAUUUGUUUCCGAAAUUUCAAUUAAAAAUAUUUUUUAGUAAAUUUAACAUAAGAUAACAAUUAAAUUAUAAUAGUAAUUGAAAUGUGACGUCACAAAAUUUAAGACCCUUCCCACGCCCUCGUCACAUUUUUUUUUAAGGGGGAAAAUCAUCCAAUUACUUCUUCCGCCUUGGGCGAGACGGGAGGGAGUGUCAAACUCUUACUGACUAAAAACCACCCCCUUCCUACUCCUGCUUUUCGAGCCGGAGCCCCGGUAAACCCGCUUGAUAGUCCGCAGCUCCGGAUCAGACCACCUCGUCACAUAAAGUCACACUUCGUCAACCCCCCUCCCCCUUAAAUUGUGACGUAAUUAAUGGAUGGCCCCCAUACAAAUCUGACAUAUUGUUAAAUGUUACCAGGCUUUUGUUGCUAGCUAUACUACUACAAUAUGAGAUCUGCAUAUCCUACUUAGAAUAGAUGGCUUGAUGAUACCUAAGCAAUUUGAGAUACUCUCGAAUCAUAGUUAAGUACAAACCAAGUUUAAAGAAUUAUGAAAAAUGACUGAAAAUUUAUGAAUUGAGGUUCGAAACGCAUUGGGCGGUUCGAGCAAUGAAAUUUUCGAGUUCGAAACUCGGAUGAACUCGGAAAAUUAAGUACUUAAUUAGUUUUUUUUUUGUAAAAAGUUGCGCAACUGUUGCCCGAUUUUUUUGCUAUUUUAUGUUUGUUCUGUGUUCAUUUAUGAGCAUAGUUAAACAAAGUCUUUAUCAGUACUUAAUUAUAAUAUUUAAAGUGGGCAACAAAGUUGCUCAUAUAAGCAACUAAAGUUGUCUUCACUAUUUUUAUCUUAAAAUAAUACUGUACAAUGUAAUUUAACUAACAAUUAAAUAUAUUUUAUUGUGAAGUAAAUUUAAAAAAAGUUGCUCAAAAGUUGUCCUCGAGUCGCCCAGUGUAGAUUUCGUAUUAGAUAGAAAUGGAUAUGUUAUUGUACUAUAAGAGAUCUCUAAGUUACCAAAAGAAAAAAAAAUAUGUAAAAAAUAAUAAAAAAAAAAACAACUAUAUUGACGAUAAAAAAAGAAUAUUUAGUACUGGUUAUUAUUUAUUUAUUUGAAUUUAUUGUAAAAAUAAUAUACUUAAUAUAAAAAUAUGUCGUGAGACAUACUAAAUUAAUUAUUAUGUUAUCGGCUUACUCACGUAACUGUUUGACGAAGAAUGCUGCUCAUGAAUAUGAGCCCCUAGCAUGGCUUGAAACUAGUCGAGUUCCUUCUCAAACAGUUACGUGAGUAAGCCGAUAACUUAAUAACAAUUGUAAAAAGAUGAAAUUGAAAUAUACAGAGUUUUAUUAAA